AUGGCUUCUAUCGGUGUCGAUCUCGGUACUAGCUACAGCUGUGUCGCUGUGUGGAAGCAGGAUCGCGUGGAGAUAAUCGCCAACGACCAGGGUAACCGCACCACCCCGUCGUAUGUCGCCUUCACCGACUCGGAGCGUCUCAUUGGCGAUGCCGCGAAGAAUCAAGCUGAAAUGAACCCAGUCAACACCGUCUUCGGCCUUGGAGACAAGCCCAUGAUUAAGGUCGAGUUCAAGGAAGAAACCAAAGUCUUUGCUCCCGAGGAGAUUUCCUCCAUGGUUCUCAUCAAGAUGAAGGAGAUUGCCGAGGCGUACCAUAAAAGCACCGUUAAGAAUGCGGUCGUCACCGUACCUGCGUCCUUUAACGACUCCCAACGACAAGCCACGAAAGACGCUGGCGCAAUCGCGGGCCUGAAUGUCCUCCGUAUCAUCAACGAGCCCACUGCUGCUGCUAUUGCGUACGGUCUCGCCAAGAAGGUCACCGGCUCUGGCGAAAAAAACGUUCUUAUUUUCGACCUUGGCGGAGGUAGCUUGGAUGUUCCACUUCUGACAAUCAAGGAGGGUACUUUUGAGUGCAUGGAGCCGGUGGAGAAGUGCAUCAAGGACUCGGGGUUGAGCAAGCAUCAGAUCCACGACGUGGUGCUCGUCGGUGGGUCCACACGUAUCCCUAAGGUGCAGCUGCUCCUGGAGGAGUGUCUCAACGGCAAGGAGCUCUGCAAGAGCAUCAACCCCGACGAGGCCGUCGCGUCCGGUGCGGCCGUGCAAGCGGCUAUCCUCAGCGGCGAGAAGGUGCAGGACCUGGUGCUGCGCGAUGUCACGCCUCUGUCCCUGGGUCUUGAAUCUUCCGAUGAGACCGAAGAUAACCGUCUGCUCGGCAAAUUCGACUUGUCCAGCAUCCCCCCUGCUCCUCAGAUCACCGUUUGUUUCGACACUGACGCCGACGGUAUCUUGAACGUCAGCAUCGAGGACAAGACUACCAGCCAGAAUAAUAAGAUCACGAUUGACAAGGGCCGGCUGAACGAGGUCGAGAUUGCGAAGAUGGUUCAGGAUGCGGAGAGGUACAAUGCGGAGGACUUGCGGGACAAGAGGAAGGUGAAGGCAAAGGACUAG